GCUCCCACGCGAGACCCUCCCCCGGGCCACCCACUCCCCGCAACCGUGACCUUGCCGUCCGGACGCUCGGGAGUGAGCGCGGCGGCGGGCGGGGACACAGCCCAGCUGGGUGCCGGGGCUGCCUCGGGAUGCCUUAGCCGCUGGAUCGCACGGAAAUAUUUCUCCUAGGAAGGAGAGAAACAGCCUCCUCCCACUGGCGGGAGAGCAGAGGAAAAAAGAGGAUUUAAAGAGCGUCUUUGCCCCUUUUGUUGGAUGAGAAGGACGGAGGGGGACCGGCACCGGCACGAUGAGCACUAGCAUUCCCUACCAGCAAAACCCCUACACCUCUGGGAGCAGCUCCACUGUGAUCCAGUGCUACCGCUGCGGGGACACCUGCAAAGGAGAGGUGGUGCGUGUCCAGAGCAAUCACUUCCACAUCCGCUGCUUCACCUGCCAAGUGUGCGGCUGUGACCUGGCCCAGUCCGGCUUCUUCUUUAAGAACCAGGAGUACAUCUGCACCCAUGACUACCAGCAGCUCUAUGGGACUCGUUGUGACAGCUGUGGGGACUUUAUCACUGGAGAGGUCAUUUCUGCCCUCGGGAGGACCUACCACCCCAAGUGCUUUGUCUGCAGCACCUGCAGGAAGCCCUUCCCCAUCGGAGACAAGGUGACCUUCAGUGGGAAGGACUGCGUCUGCCAAAACUGCUCCCACUCUCUCAUCAGCACCAAGCCCAUCAAGAUCCACGGUCCCAGCCACUGUGCAGGCUGCAAGGAGGAGAUCAAGCAAGGCCAGUCCCUCCUGGCCCUGGAAAAGCAGUGGCACGUCAGCUGCUUCAAGUGCCAAACGUGUGGGAUCAUCCUCACGGGCGAGUACAUCAGCAAGGAUGGCAUCCCAUACUGUGAGUCUGACUACCAUGCCCAGUUUGGCAUCAAGUGUGAGACCUGCAACCGGUACAUCAGUGGCAGGGUCCUGGAGGCAGGAGGGAAGCACUACCACCCCACCUGUGCCAGAUGUGUCCGCUGCCACCAGAUGUUCACAGAAGGGGAGGAGAUGUACCUCACAGGCUCCGAAGUGUGGCACCCCAUCUGCAAGCAGGCAGCCAGAGCAGAGAAGAAGCUAAAGCACAGGAGAACAUCAGAAACCUCCAUCUCCCCCCCUGGUUCCAGUAUCGGCUCCCCAAACCGUGUCAUCUGUGACAUCUAUGAGAGCUUUGACACACGACAGAGGAGAGCCUCCAGCCCUGGCUACAUUGACUCCCCCACCUACAGCCGCCAGGGCAUGUCCCCCACCAUCCCGAGGUCUCCCCACCAUUUUUAUCGCUCAGGCACCGAGAGCGGGCGCAGCUCCCCCUACUAUAGCCAGUUAGAUGUGAGGUCCUCCACUCCAACCUCAUACCAAGCUCCCAAGCAUUUUCACAUCCCAGCUGCCGCCGAGAGUAACAUCUACCGGAAACCUCCCAUCUAUAAGCGACACGACAACCUCCCUGCAGCCACGAAAAGCAAAACCAGUGAAGACAUCGCUCAGUCAUCCAAAUACAGCCCUGCCUACUCCCCAGAUCCAUACUACCACUCUGAGUCAGAGUACUGGUCCUUCCAAGGCUCCCCCAAAGCCCCCCGGGCCCGGAGGUUCUCAUCAGGAGGCGAGGAGGAUGGGUAUGACCGGGGCAUGCACAAGAUCCAGAGUGGCAUCGGCAGGCUGAUCCUGAGGGAGGAGAUGAAGGCUCGGUCCAACUCCUAUGCAGACCCCUGGACACCCCCUCGCAGCUCAGCCAGCAGCAGAGAAGCCCUGCACACAGCUGGCUACGAGGGUUCUCUCAAUGGCUCUCCCCGGACACAUUACCUGGCUGACAGUGAUCCUCUUAUUUCUAAGUCGGCCUCUCUCCCUGCCUACAGGAGGAAUGGGCUGCACAGGCCUCCCAGUGCUGAGCUUUUCCACUAUGACAGCACGAACGCCGUCAACUGGGGGAUGCGAGAGUACAAGAUAUACCCCUAUGAGCUGCUCCUGGUGAAGACAAGGGGGAGGAACCAGCUGCCCAAAGAUGUGGACAGAACUCGGCUAGAGCGCCACCUCUCCCAGGAGGAAUUCUACCAGAUCUUUGGCAUGACCAUCGCCGAGUUUGACCGCCUGGCCCUCUGGAAGAGGAACGAGCUGAAGAAGCAAGCCCGGCUCUUUUAAAUGCAGCACACUAUAAAUAUAUACAUACCUAUAAAUAUAUACAUAGAAAGAUCUCUAUAUUGCAGCUCUGUAUGAUUCUCAGUGCUGUACAUGGCAGAGGUGCCCUCUGCACCCCUGAGAGUGAAUUGGAGUCUCACAGAU